AUGGACGCUUCCGCUAUUCAAAGACAGCUCACAGGGAUUGAACCAUUGAAUGGUUCGAACUAUACUACCUGGAGAACAAGUGUUGAUAUUAUAUUGGGUUUCUUGGACUUUAAGUUUGUACUUUAUGAGGAGAAACCCGUUGCAAUCACUGAAGAGUCUUCUGAAGUAGUAAAGUUGUUGCAUGCUAAGUGGACUAAGGCUAAUACCAUGGCCAUCAGGUUGAUCCGUGCUUCUAUUGGUGAGACUAUUCGUGGUGGUAUUCCUGUAUUUGAUACUGACAAGGCGUUUCUUGAUUUACUUAAGAAGCAAUUCAUGGAUAGCAAGUUGGUUAAUGGUCUCAGAGAGCAGGGAAUCACAUUUGAUGAUGAAUUAUUGGUCCACAUGGUGAUUUAUUCUCUGCCUAGAUCUUUUAAUGCUUUCAGGGUAAAUUAUAAUUCACAGGAGACAAAAUGGGACAUUAAUCAGCUAUUGGCACUUUGUGUGAUCGAGGAAGAGCGGCUCAAGGGUGCUAAAUUUGAGUUGGCCUUAUCUUGCCAUAAGCAGUAA